AUCCGGGAGAGGGGGCGGGUCUUAAACUGUCAACUAACCGAAGAAUAACAAAAACAAACAUCGAGGUUCCGGAGACGUUCUCUCAGCGGCCGUGGAGACGAUGUGAUCGGAGGUGACGCUGAAGACAAGCUUCCCUUUGGUCUCUGCUCCAUCAGAGGGCCUGGACCAUGGACACCAUGGAGACGUCCUCUGAUGAAGAGGAGAGCCGCACCUUCGUCCAAGUCCUCAGCGAGAAAUACAGCCCGGAGAACUUCCCCUACGGCCAGGGAGUCAUGGUGAUGCCCAGCCUGCCGGGGUCCCCCGUCAAAGACCGCCUCUACCUGCCCUGUUCUCUCGUUCUGAGCGGCUCUGGGAUCAAUAAAGCUGGAGAUCGGUCCGACAUCGCAGCGUUCUGUGUUCACGUGGCCGAGCUGGACCUGUCCCAAAAUCAGCUCAAAGACUGGGAAGAGAUCUGCGCCAUCGUUUCCAACAUCCCCCACCUGGACUUCCUGAACCUGAGCAUGAACCCUCUGAUGGGCGUUCAGCUGGAGCCCUGCAUGGCCGAGGUGUUCUCCAGAGUCCGACAGCUCGUCCUCAUCAACACACACAUCAGCUGGGACACCGUACACACACUCACCAAACACACACCUGAGCUGGAGGAGCUUUUCUUGUGUCUGAACGGCUUCAACACCGUGUCCGAGUCGCAGACGUCCUGUCCGUCUCUGCGCCUGCUGCAGAUCACAGACAACCAGCUGCAGGAGUGGAAGGAAGUCAGGAAGUUUGGGCAGAUUUACCCGAGUCUGAACACGCUGGUUCUGGCCAACAACAGCGUGGACUGUGUGGGCGACUCUCCAGAAACUCUGCAGCGCCUUUUCCCCAAUCUGAGGAGCAUCAACCUCAACAACUCAGGACUCAGCAAAUGGACGGACAUUGAGAGGCUGAAUUUCUUCCCGAAGCUGAAGGAAGUGAAAGUGAAGGGGAUUCCUCUCCUGAAGACUUACACCGACCAGGAGAGAUGUAGCCUCCUUUUAGCACAGCUGCCCUCUGUGGUGUUGCUGAACGGCAGCACGGUGUCUCACGGAGACAGAGAAGAUGCCGAGCGGUUCUUCAUCCGGCAUUACCAGGACUGCCCAAAACAGGAACUUCCUGAAAGGUACCACGUCCUCGUAUCAAAGUACGGUCGGUUGGCCCCGCUGGCGGAGGUGGACCUGAGCCCCCGCAGCACCAUGGUGGACAUUCGCUGGGGGGAAAAAGUGGAGGCCAUGAGUCUCCAUUUGGAGCAGACGGUGGCUGAACUUAGGAAGCACAUCCGGGCUCUCUUACAGCUUCCCCACCACGGCAUCCGGCUCUUCUACAUCAACCGGGAGAUGUGUUCGGUGUUGGGACCCGAGGAGUUAAAGUGCGGCACUCGGGCUCUUCAUUCCUACCGGAUUCAAGACGGGGACGAAAUUCUAGUCGUGCCGAAAGUCAAAAGUCGUAGCAGCAGCUCCUCGGGUCUUUGAGUCGAGAAGUCCUCCGGUACUUUAGGAACCUCCAAUGAACACUUACUGGAUACUAAGCUUUGACUUGACCCUUUUUUUAGAUAAACAAAAAGAGGAGAUUAAUGUCAGUCUUGAAUGUAACGAUGUUUAAUGUCCAGAACAAAUCUAUACGAUAGAAGUAUUUGCACAUAGGUGCUCCGCAUUCACAAAGCUUAAGACGCUGUGCUUUAGUGGCUUGAGGUAACGAUGCAGCUAACAUCUAAUUUUAAAAAUGUUAUGCAAAUUCGGACCUGUUUUCAUAGUCCUCCGGAAAUAGUUGUACCAGUUAAACGCACAUUAAUCUAAAACUAUUUUAUAAUAGGGUUGUUUUUGUUAUUAAACGUAAGAUGUUAGGUUGCAAAAAAAUGUCUCCCUUGCUUGCCACAUGCAUGGGACUUAGUAGUGUUUAUAUAACUGUUAAACUGUUUUAAAAUUGGUUGAGGAAGAAUAAAUUAGGCACACAAUA